AUAGUACAUAUUAUAUAUAUUCAAGUAUGUACUAAUGUGUAUUUCACUUCCAGAUUCAGAUUUUCAUUUUCUCAAUAAUUGAGUCCUCACAUUUUCCUCAAUCAUCAUUUCUUAUUUGCCUUUUCUCUUGUAACUGUCUCAAAAGCUCUUCAGAUUUGAAUCUCCCGUAGCCGCCAGCAAUCGCCAUGGCGGCCUCUGGAGCCUGUCUCUUCCCCGCCGCGCUCUUCCGCCGUGAGCCGCUACCGCAUGUCAGAAAACCAAACUCCCCACGGAUCCCGAGCACGGCUCCUCGCUUCGCGGUAUCAGUAGACCGGGUUCCGGUGACGCUGGAGGUGAAGCGCGAAGAAGGAAGCGGUACGGUGGAGAAAGAGAAGCGUUGGGAAGAGAAGGAGGAGAAGCAACAAAGAAACGGUUGGAAGGAGUAUUUCGAGCAAUCGAAGGAGUUGAUCAAACCGGACGGUGGACCGCCACGGUGGUUUUCGCCGCUGGAGUGCGGUUCGCGGUUGGACAAUUCUCCUCUGCUGCUCUUCUUGCCGGGUAUUGAUGGCGUGGGACUUGGACUUACUUUACAUCAUCAGAAACUGGGAAGGAUUUUCGAUGUGUGGUGCUUGCAUAUUCCAGUUGCGGAUCGAACACCAUUUACAGACCUUGUGAAAAUAGUUGAGAGAACAGUUAGGUCAGAACAUCAACGUUCACCUAACAGACCCAUUUAUCUUGUUGGAGAAUCUUUAGGAGGAUGCCUAGCGCUGGCUGUUGCAGCUCUUAACCCUGAUAUGGACCUUGUACUAAUAUUGGCGAACCCAGCUACUUCGUUCAGCAGGUCACAGUUGCAACUUCUAGCACCAUUAUUGGAAGCUUUGCCUGACCCACUCUCUCAUGGCCUGGCUGACAUUCUCAGUUUAACAGCAGGUGACCCUCUGAAGACUGUGUUGGACAAUCUGGUCAAAGGACUUCCUCUACAAAAUACAACUAGGGAGCUGGUGGAGGAUUUUACUACUUUCUCAUCAUCUUUGCCUGUUCUUGCUGACAUAUUACCAAAAGAAACACUUCUUUGGAAACUAAAGAUGCUUAAGUCGGCUUCUGCAUAUGCUCAUUCACGUCUUUAUGCUAUCAAAGCUCAGACUUUGAUACUUUGCAGUGGAAAUGAUCAGUUACUUCCUAGUCAACAGGAAGGUGAAAGACUAGUUCAGUUACUGCCUAAGUGCGAGCUUCGUAAAUUUGAUGACAGCGGUCAUUUUCUGUUCCUGGAGGGCAGCAUUGACCUGGUAACGAUCAUCAAGGGCACUUCUUACUACCGCCGUGGCAAGUAUCAUGACUACGCAUCAGAUUUUAUACUACCUACACCUGAUGAAAGCAAAAAAGUAAUAGAAUCAAACAGUUUGGUUAACCUUGUCACAAGUGCUGUUAUGCUCUCGACUUUGGAGGAUGGGACGAUUGUAAAAGGCCUCGCUGGAAUUCCUUCGGAGGGGCCUGUUUUGUUGGUUGGGUACCACAUGUUGCUGGGAUUAGAAAAGAUUCCCCUGGUUACUCGGAUUUAUAGGGAAAGAAAUAUCCUUGUUCGGGGGAUAGCACAUCCCAUGAUGUUUGUGAGAGCUAAAGAUGGAAAAUUGCCAGAUCUAUCUUCUUUUGACUCAUUCAGACUUAUGGGUGCUGUUCCUGUAACACCAACUAACCUCUUCAAGCUUUUCUCCUCCAAGUCUCAUGUCCUAUUAUAUCCCGGAGGCAUGCGCGAGGCUCUUCAUAGGAAGGGUGAAGAAUACAAGUUAUUCUGGCCAGAACAAUCUGAGUUUGUCAGGAUGGCAGCCAGAUUUGGAGCCAAAAUUGUACCCUUUGGUGCAGUUGGAGAAGAUGAUUUUGGUCAAGUAGUUUUUGAUUAUGAUGACUUGGUGAAGAUUCCUCUCUUUAGGUCAGAAAUAGAAAGCCUCACAGAUGAGGUUACGCAAUUGAGGACUGAUACUGGUGGUGAGGUGGCAAAUCAACAAGUGCAUUUGCCUUGGAUUUUGCCUAAAGUUCCAGGCCGAUUCUACUAUUAUUUUGGAAAAACAUUUGAAACGGAAGGAAGGAAACAGGAACUAAGAGACAGGGAGAAAUCUAAAGAAUUUUAUUUACAAGUGAAAUCUGAGGUUGAGAGAUGUAUUGCUUAUUUAAAGGUGAAACGAGAAAGCGACCCAUACAGAAGUAUACUGUCUCGGCUAUCAUACCAAGCCACAAAUGGUUUUGAAUCCGAAGUUCCAACAUUUGAAAUUUGAUUGUUCUGUACAAAAAAUGGUAAUUUUCCAAUUCAUCCAGAAGGGCCUAUUUAUGUAAUUUGCCAAUAGUUUCAGGCACUGUUUUCUGGCCAGCGGAUAUGAUUUCUCAGAGAUGGUCGGAAUACAAUUUUUCCAAAGUUUAAAUCAAUAAG